AUGCCUCAGUCACCAAAGCAUAAUUUGCUGAAUCCAUCGAGCCCACCGCUUCCUCCACCGCCUCUCUCACCGGAAUAUAUCUAUUAUCUUCUGCUUACUAUGGAAAAGAAAGAGAUCUCAUUUGGUCCCUUCACCUCGUCCCCAAGCGGCCAAGCAAAGGCCACUGAACAACUUCGAGAAGCGGUCAAGGCCAAAAACAACCCAUAUGCACUAUCCAAACUCGACGAAAAGAUCGAAUCUGCAGGCCAUCCCUUUCUGAUAGACUGUUUAUUUGGCGAGGUUGAGGAAGUGCCAGUUGCAGAUGUUCGCACAUCAUGUAGCAACGUUGAAGAGUACCUCGCAAAGAGAUGUAUAUACACAACUAUUUAUGAAAAGAACCCAGUAGUAGCAACAUUGAUCAACCAGCUUGACGAGGGUACGACACAGACUAUAUAUCUUGUGCGGUCGACCAGCACCAACGAGACAAAAGACGACUUGGAAUUUGGGCGCCCAUGCUCUUUCAUUGAUUUGAACAAGGCGAAGGAUUACCUGAUAAAUGUGCUUUCGGGUGUCCAAGGAUCCGGCAGUUUCAUACUCAAAUAUGGGGAUAUGGUUCCCGGAUGGUGCCUGAUUAUUCCAGCAUCUAUUCGGGAACUCAGGACUGGACAUAUCACGAUGUUCCAGGCGACUUUGGAGGAGAGGAAGAGGGUGCCUUUCUCCGAAACAGACACAACUUCCUGA